UGUCGAGUCACACUGAAGCAAGAUGAACGCUGUGCUGUGUCUGGUCAUUGUCUUCAUCCCAGUCGCGUAUGCAGGAAACGGCAAUUUCAGGCAUCGUUUUGAGAGACAAAUAACACUGGAAGGUUUACAGGCACGGGAACAUCCCUCCAGCAUACAGACAUCUCUUGAUGAAAGGACCUGUGCUGGUCUCUGUGCCCAGGACGGACUCUGUGCUGCUGUCACCUACCUUGGUGGAAACUGCAACAUGUACAGAUCUACUCUCACGUCAUCUGCGAAAUCAUUCCCUGGAGCCAAGCACUUCAUCAAGGCAGGAGCGCUUCCUGAUCCAGACCCAUGUCCUGUAUCCAGGGGCUACACGUCCGUGUUGUCUCCCCGGCUGUGUUACAAGUUGAUAUCAAUCACCAACAACCAUGCUUCUCAAAAUGAUCUGUGCCAUUCUGAAGGUGGCCGCCUUGUCGUCCUCAACAGUCAGGAGAAACAGGAGUUCAUGAGCUCAUUCCAGAGUCAAGGUCAGUAUAUGGUGCCCGUUUGUACAUUGUGACCUUCUGUAGAAUACCUAUGAACACAGAAUGAGAUUCAAUAUAUACAUUGUACAGUGUCCUGUAGCUAAAAUGUCUCAUAUCAGAGUAUCGUCAGUAAGUUGUGUCCGUCUAUAGUAAAGUAUUAACCUCACUACAGACUCGCGGUCUCUUUUAUUAAAGGACAGUGCCAUACCAAGACCAUUUUUAUAUUACUAUAUUCGGGUCUCUUGUGAAUGUGUGGUUGAUGCCAUGGGUGGCUCAUAAGUUCACUGAGGUUUCUCUUGGCAGCGGAUGUG